GGUCAAUUCCAUAACGCUCAGCACCAUCCGCAACCAAGCCUACAUGAGUGGAGUCGAUACCACACGCCCUUAGAUUAGUUGACGCAGUGGUGAUCACUUUCCGACGAAGGAUCCGGCUCCCUCGGGGCAGUAGAAGCGCAGUGCAACAAGCUACCGCGUUGGUUUCUUCCCUACCUUACCUACCUUACCCACGUCCCGACCUCUGCGAAGAUUAUUGUUACGCGAUAGACCUACGUAUAGUCUACGAAAACAGCUAUUGCCAACUUGACUCGCAUCCCCACAUUUCUGGCUGGCGCGUUCACAUCAGAUAGCCUUCUCUCUACCAGGCCUCCGUUGGCUAGAAUACCUACACCUACAUACCUCACCUACCUAGGUUCCGUUACUCCCGGGGGUUUCUGGAGUCGCCAAGCAUCUUGUUCCCAGCUACCAUCCAUCACCGCCACCACCAUCAUCACACUCUUUGGUUUGACUUGCGACCACAGACAGACCUGCAGACCCGAUUCCACCCACCCACCCACUCACCCAUUCUGCCUUCACGGGUCUGCGCAUUACGAAUAACUGGCGCGUUCCGACAUCCGUCGGCACUGCCUUGGUCUGGUGCCUAUCGAACUAUCUACCCGAUUAGUAGUCUCCCCAAGACUUGUCUCCGUGUAUCCCCGUCUAUUCGAUCGAACCAUCUACUUGUGACAAACAACACAUAAGCGAUCGUACGAACGAUAGAACCGAAAGACAUAUAUACUUGAACACAAAUGGCGUCGCAGUCAUUCCGAGACUCGCUCGGCUCAUUGGGUUGGUCGCGCCGAGAACCUGACUUGCCAGUCAACACAUCCCAGCAGAGUGGACUGCUGUCGUCUCUGCAGUCCCUCAAUCCAUUUGGCGACCGUGGCUAUGUGCAGUUGCCCACGACAGAGGGCCCCGGGGCUCCGCUGCCCGCACCAACCAGGCGGGAAGAGGAGGAAGGCUGGUUCGCCCUCAGUAGGUGGGAUCGACUGCUUAUCUUUGCAGGAUGCAACAUCGGAGCUGCGGUCUGCUUUUUUGUGUGCUUCUUCUUCUUUCCGCUCAUAGCAACCCGGCCAAGCAAGUUCGUGACUUUGUGGACUCUGGGUUCCGUCUUCUUCCUCUGCUCAUUUGCCGCCAUGAUGGGCCCAAUGGCCUAUAUUCAGCAUCUGUUGUCAGGACCCAGAUUACCGUUUACGGGCGCCUAUCUUGGAUCUAUGGCACUGAGUCUUUACUUUGCUAUUGGGCUGCGCAGCCAGAUUCUCACCUUGUUCUCGGCCAUUAUCCAACUAGUGUGUCUUGUGUGGUACCUGGUCAGCUAUUUCCCAAUGGGCUCCAGUGGGUUGAGACUCAUGUCCAACUUCGGAGCCUCUCGGGCGGCCGCUUGGAUGACUGGCUAGGUAGGCAAGAAGAUGUUCGAUGGUAAUGUAUGUGGAAGCGUUAUACGCACCUACUUUUGUGUAUGCUAUUGUAACAGUAGUUUCCGUGGGAAACGGAUCUGAUAAGUAAACCACCGCAAAUAAUAACACAUUGCGGAUGUUCUACGCCCUGCGCUUACCGGCUGACUACUGCCUUUGACGCAAGGUGUGUGCUUGACCAUCAUUGCUG